AAGCUAUUGAUCUGUUUUCAAGUGUCGAUUGAUUGGCCGAUUGAUUAGCGAGCCACGUGAAAUGGGUGAAAAACUGAGGUCACUUUUGGUAAUAGGCAGCAUCCUGAUGAUGAGUUUGGUUCUGGUGCAUGGAGAGGACUAUGAUCAUGGCUCAAAGGACUUGCCCCAUGUGAGACAUAAGCGUGGCAUCAUUUGGGACUUUUUUCAAAAGAUGGUCAUUACCAAGAAUCUUAUAGUAGAUCAAUACACGGACACUCGUAAUACUCUGAAUGAUAUAUACAAUGUGGUAAAUGAGCAAUUUAGUGAUCCUGGUCCUCAAAAGCCUACCAGUAGUCCCAGGAUCACCACAGAAAAGAAUUCCUUGCUCAGUGGAGAGGACACGGGCAGUAAUAGCGAGGAAACCACUACCCCGUUUUCGAUUUCCCGCUACGAACUGGGUCGCAUUUUGGGCAGGAAUUUCCGUGGACUCCAGAAACUGGCCAUGAAGGAAUUCAAUACCGCUCUAAAUGCCACAAGCUACAAUCUGGCUGAGUACAAAGCCGAGGCGGACAAACAGUUUGCCAAUAGUCUGGCCGUUGAGAAGAAGAACAAACUGAAAAGCCUUAAGGGUUGA